AUUGCGGCCAGUGGCCUGGCGAAUAAGGAGACGAACGGGAAGUGUGACCCUUACUGUUUGCUGGAGCUAAUUAACAUGCGAGCACAAACACACACAGCUAGGAAAACGUUCAACCCCACAUGGCAAAAAGUCUUUGUCUUCCCUGUUACAGAUAUUCACUCUGUCUUGUACAUCACAGUCAAGGACGAUGAAAAAUCAAAAUGCGAAUUUCUGGGUCGAGUGGCUAUUCCGCUCAUGAAGGUUCGGAACCACGAGAGAUCCUGGUAUGCUCUAAAAAACGCCGACCUCACUGAACGAUCGCGAGGAUCCCUUCUGCUCGAAUUCUUUUUCGUUUACAACCACUUUAAAGCGGCUUGGCGUACGCUAAACCCAGCUGAAGCCUGGCUCAAGCAUCCUGUUAGGCCACAAAAGUACAAGAAACUGAGUGCGGAUUACAAAAAUCCAUACAUGGUGCCUCUGGGUAUGAUAGUGGGCAUUUUGGCCAGUCGUAAGACCUCCAAAAACCCCUACCUCCUUGAUGUCGUUAGCUCGGCAAAGGUCGCUGCAGGAGUGGGAGCCAGUACUUUGGGACCAGUGGUGAACCAUGAGAAGUACAUUGGCCUCCAAAGCUCACAACAGAGCGAGGAAGAUCCAACGCUUGCUUCGCCUAAAGUUUCGUUUGAAUAUGACAGCGAUGUUUUCAUCAACAAUGAGCUGCUUCACUCUCUCAAACAGGAAGUAGGUUUAUAG